GGCGAGUAAUGCAAAAAAACCGACAAGGAAAUGUGAUAUUUUGCCGAUGUGCAGUUCGAUGCGUCUCAGGGAAUAGUACUACACCGAAGGCGGCGGUGUGGGACACGAACCACAAUGUCAUCGAGCAGACAUACAAGGAGGCAGGGUACGAAUUACCGGAAAUCGUGUACUGGGACCUAUCCACCGCAUAUCAUUAUCCAGGUAUCACUGCUCCUGUGAUUAGCGAGCGGAGGGGCGUUGGGCUGCUGAACGGAUAUACUUACUCGCCGUCGCUGUUGAAAGUGUUCAUGGACAGAGCGAAAGAAGAGAAGUAGGAGGAAGUGACUCAGGCGAAGGUGAAGAAGAUGUUCACUCCCGUGGAGGAGGAGGAUUUUCGAUGAAUUUGUUGUCGUUGAUUGAAGGUUCGUUAACAUGUAUCACUAGUAGUACACCAGUAACCGCGACCGCGUUGACAAUACGCGCCUGGUCACAUGACGCGCCAAAUAAAGCCC